AUAAUACUAUAUAGGGUAAGUACUAAUAGUAAUAGUAAAAUUAAUUAGUGUGCGAUUGUCACCAUUAUCUCUGUCUCCAAAAAUAGUAAAGAGCCACACGGAGACUGGAACAUUUUAGAUAUCGCUUACAACUUCAACUUCAAUUUCAAAUCCCUAUACCACCUUUUAUUUCUACUCCUCUUCUUCUUUAUAACACCACCACCACCACAUCUACACCAUGAGUUACUAUUCAGAAAAGGAUCCAUUGUUAGGUCGUAAACGUUCAUUACCUCAUGAAUCAGAGAUUUCAACCAUCACUUGCCCUUCAUUUACGUCAUUAUUAACAAAACCAUUCCAAUGUUUACCUCAAUUAACCAAACAAUUGAAAGAAACUUAUAUGACAGACGAUGAAGAUAUCGAUUAUUCUGAUGAUGAUGAUGAAUUACCUGAUUUACCUUAUGUUGUUAAACCAAUCACUUUAAGUGUUUCUGCCUUAAGUCAAGCCGAUAAAUUGACCGAGUUAAGAAAACUUAUGAAACAUCAUAACAUCGGAGUCUAUAUUAUCCCAUCAGAAGAUGAACAUCAAUCGGAAUAUACUGCUUUAACUGAUAAAGGAAGAGAAUUCAUCUCUGGUUUUACUGGAAGUGCAGGUAUUGCCGUUGUAACUCUUGAUGAUGGUGAGAAAUUAACGGGGGAAGCAGCCUUAUCAACAGAUGGAAGAUACUUUUUACAAGCUGAAAAACAAUUAGAUCCUAAACAUUGGAAAUUAUUAAAACAAGGUUUACCAUCAAAUCCAACUUGGAAUAAAUUCGCUAUUGAAAAAGCUAUUCAUAAUGAUUUUAGUAAUGUUAUUUCUUGUGAUCCAAAAUUAAUUAAUUUAACUAUCGGAGAAUAUUUUAAUAGAGUAAGAUUAUUAAAUUAUAGAAGUAAAUUUGAAUUCAAACCUUUAUAUGAAGUAAACUUGAUUGAUCAAGUUUGGGGUUCAGAAAAACCUCCAAGAUCUUUAGAUCCAAUUUAUCAUUUACCUUUGAAAUUCUCCGGUAAACAUACCAAUGAUAAAAUAGCUGAUAUCAGAGAAUUAUUAAAAUCUCCUAAAUAUAACAGUACUCAUUUGAUAGUUACUGCUCUUGAUGAAAUCGCUUGGUUAUUCAAUUUAAGAUCUGAUACUGAUAUUCCAUUCAAUCCAACUUUCUUUUCUAAUGCCAUUAUCACUUUAGAUUCAGUUAUUUUAUAUGUUAAUAAAGUUAAGAUUGAUAAUGGAACUCCAGAACUUCAUGCUUAUUUGGAUUCUAUUACCGGUUUGGAAAUCAAACAAUAUGAAUCAUUUUACGCUGAUUUAUCAGAAUUGAAAGUUACAGUUGAUAAUUCAGAACUUGCUAUUGUUUUACCUACCAAAGAAGCAACUACUUUUGCGUUAUUUGAUUCUUUACCAAUAUCAGUUGCUAAAAGAUCAGUCAUUCAUGAAUCGAUUGUCUCCAAUAUGAAAAUCUUCAAGAACUCAACUGAAUUAUUCAAUGCCAAAAUCGCUCAAUAUAAAGAUUCCUUAGCUUUCAUCUUAUUUUCAUCAUGGUUAAAUCAUCAAUUAGUCAAGAAAAGAAAAGUGAUUUCCGAAUAUGAUGCCGCCUGUAAAAUAUAUUCCAUCAGAGAAAAAUUACCUAAUUUUAAAGGGUUAUCAUAUGAAACGAUUUCUUCCACUGGACCUAAUGCUGCCAUCAUUCAUUAUGCUCCUACCAAAGAUGAUAAUGCAAUCAUCGAUCCUAAGAAGAUUUACCUUAUUGAUUCGGGAGCUCAUUAUUUAGAAGGUACUACUGAUAUAACCAGAACUUAUAAAUUCGGAUAUGAUGGUUUAAAUGAUAGAUAUAAAAAGUUCUAUACCUUAGUGUUAAAGGGACAUUUAGCCGUUGCUAUGGCUAAAUUUCCUCCCAAUUCAAAAAAUACAGGGGCUAUCCUCGAUGGGUAUGCCAGACAACCAUUAUGGAAUGAAGGAUUAGAUUUUAAUCAUGGUACAGGUCAUGGGGUAGGAAGUUUUGGUAAUGUUCAUGAAGGUCCCUUAUCGAUACUGACCACUACCGGAGGUCCAAGCCAAAUUGAUGUUUAUAAACCAGGAGGUAUUUUAACUGAUGAACCAGGUUAUUAUGUUGAUGGAGAAGUUGGAUUCAGAAUUGAAAGUGAACUUGAAAUAGUUGAAUGUGGAGAAGCAGUGGGUAAAACUAGAAGUGGAGAUAACUUUUUAGGAUUUGGAUAUUUGACUAAAGUACCAUUCUGUCGGAAAUUAAUAGACACAAGUAUAUUAUCUCCAGUUGAAAUUAAUUGGAUAAAUGAAUAUCAUAAGAGUGUUAAAGAAGAUUUCGGUGAGAAGUUGUUAGAGAUGGGGGAUAAAAGAGCUUAUAAUUGGUUGACUAAAGAAGUUGAACCAUUACUGAUUUAGAUAUAUAUAUACUUAUAAUAAUAUUAAAAAU